AUGCCGCCCGAGACGCCUGCUCGCUCUCGCAUACCUGCGCCGACGGGGUCUCGUAUACCUGCCCCUGCUAGUAAAGUCUCUGCUACACCAUCGCGGCUUGCACCUCCUGGAACGACACGGACUGUCGCGCUCCGCACGCAAAAGUCCGCGUCUUCGCUGCGACCGCCGCCGUCCCCAAACAGAGCAACGUCGGCGAAAUCUCCUUCUCCCACACCCGGAGGUACUAGGGCGCGCGCCAAAACACCUACAGCCGGCUCUAGACCGAAAGUCUCGCAGCCUGACCCUCCUUCGCCGAGCCUGGAACACGGGAUGUCAAAGAUGUCUGUGAAGGAUCAGAUUGCCCAGAGGCGCGCUGUGAUGCGCGACCAGACCACAAAGUCACGAGUUGUUAAACCUAUGGAUGAAGAAUGGGGGGAUGGAAGCGGCCUCUCGGGAAAGAAAGACGAGGAGGAUCUCUUGGGUCGACAGAGCAUGGAACUUCCUUGCCUACCAUAUGCUCUUUUCAAUCUGCAUCUGGCGAUGGAACCAUCUUUCCCGCCGCCGCCGCCCGUUGAUCACACUCAGAAAGAGGUGAAACAGCCAGCAUUUUACGACUGCGUCGACUUGGUCUCGUUGAAGGCUCGUGACAAUUCGAUCGAAGGAUUGCAGGCGGAGCUGAGCUAUUUUGUCAGUCUCAGGUUGUUAGACUUGAACCGCAACAAGCUGAGCAAGUUGCCACCCACUUUCGUUGAACUGAUAAAUAUUUCAAAUUUGGAUCUCGCCCACAAUGCAUUCACAUCUAUUCCCCCGGAGCUCGCUUCACUGACUGCCCUGAUCAGCUUGGACAUGUCGUACAACCCGCUGACGAGUCUUGAAAAUAUCCCUAAGAAUGUGGCGAAUCUAGCGGUAUCCCAUUGUCAGCUGACCCUGGCUUCUUUAAGAAGUCUCCCGGCCGGAACUGUCCAGCUUGACGUAUCUUACAAUGCCUUUGGAGCCUCCCCCCUCCUUUCAGGUGUCUUGGAGCCAUUUUCGAAGCUCAACAGCCUGACGGCAAAAUCGUGUGACUUGGAUCCGAAUGACUUUCAAGGGGAUGGAUGGUGGUUGACGCGAUUGUCCACGGUCGAACUCGGUGGUGUUGUCAAAGAAGCCUGGGAAAUCGAGGCAGAACAGCGCGGCACGCGCCGUCGACACCCCACAUCCUCCACGUCCCAGGACAGCAGAUCCGCCAAUGACGUGGAGCGUAAAUCAACCAAGGAAGCCACAAGCACAUCACAGGAGGAAUCAGGCGCGGCGCAGACUGGGGCAACCGAAUCCCACAUACUGGAUCCCUUCUUCGAUGCCUCAAAGCUGAGCCUUAUAAUGCCAUCAUCCCGCAGUCGUCCGCCGCCGCCCGCAUAUAUUCCUACGAAUACGCUGCCCUGUGAUGUCAUUCUGCGGCACGGUUGGAUAGAUGACCUCAAACGUCUCGUCCUAAGCGGAAGGAACGCCGACCCAUUAUUUACCCUGCCAGCAGACAAUGUGCACGCGGUGUUCAGCACAGUCGAAGACCUCAUGAUGGAUGACUGUGGACUGGCCGAGAUCAGUCGUGUUCAGGUGGACAGUGUCCAAAACGAAGAAAACACGUUUGCAGUCAUUGCUCGGCUGUUUCCUCGUCUUCGCAGCCUCGAUCUCUCGUAUAAUCGUCUUCCCUCGCUCCAAGGCAUUCGCCAACUUCUGGCGCAGCGAGGCGAUGCGGAGACUACAGGAGUGCGGGAGCUCAGGUUGAAAGGAUGUGGCGUGAAUAAUGUGGAUGAGCUGGUCAAUCUUCUGGAAGAUGGCGGUGUAACGCCAAGCAAGACAAACUGGGCGCUGCGAGAACUUGAUCUGAGUGACAACGAGAUCACCAAGCUACCUCCGAAGCUGGGUCUGCUUCCUGUCGAUAUCCUCCUGGUUGAUGGUAAUCUGUUCCGAAUUCCGGCGAGGCGUGUAUGGGAGAAGGAAGGUGAGAGGACCCAAAAUUUGUUGCGCUGUGCAUUUCCUGUUGCAGAUUCAUUCUGCCCACCGGGAUGCACUCGUGCCACGUUUGCAAACCUGCAUGUCGCUUGUGUCGAGGUCGCUCUAUCCGCAUGGGCCAAGCACAGGAGGCAACAACCACCGGUAGCACGACUUCGCUUCUUUUUUUCCUGUUGUAAACACUUACCUAAGCGGCACACGUCUUCGAACUCCAGACCCUGCCGCUUGAUUCUCGGUUUAUAUCUUGUCCGACUUUUGCUUCCUUCGCUAGUUUCACCGGGCAAGCCCGGAAGCGACGUGGCCUGAGCUUGGGUGAUUCGGGUGAUUGGAUCAUGAACUCGGCGAUGCCUACGGGAUUGAGGUCCGAACAAUUGCUGACCAAAUUCAUUUUCCUGCGACAAUUAAUGCAGGUACGAAGGGGCUGCUUGGGUGGCUACGCGAACGGAUGUGAGGCGAGACCGGACGGGAAAGGAGCGGUCGGUUGGGCGUGUGGUGGAUGGAAGGAUGGGGUAUUUCGCCAGCGAUCGAGUGAGGUGUGUUGUGGGGGAGUGUGUUUGAG